GAGAAGAAAAGAUGUCGAAUGGGUAUUCUACAGACGAGAGUUUCCGCUAUCUCAUCUCGUGCUUUAGGGCCCGGGUGAAAAUGUACAUCCAGGUGGAGCCUGUGCUGGACUACCUGACCUUUCUGCCUGCAGAGGUGAAGGAGCAGAUUCAGAGGACUGUUGCCACCUCCGGGAACAUACAGGCAGUUGAACUGCUACUGAGCACCUUGGAAAAGGGAGUCUGGCACCUUGGCUGGGCUCGGGAAUUCGUGGAGGCCCUUCGGAGAGCGGGCAGCCCUCUGGCCGCCCGCUACAUGAACCCUGAGCUCACUGACUUGCCCUCUCCAACCUCUGAGAACGCUCAUGAUGAAUGUCUCCAACUGCUGAACCUCCUUCAGCCCACUCUGGUGGACAAGCUUCUAGUUAGAGACGUCUUGGAUAAAUGCAUGGAGGAGGAACUGUUGACAAUUGAAGACAGAAACCGGAUUUCUGCGGCAGAAAACAAUGGAAAUGAAUCAGGUGUAAGAGAGCUACUAAAAAGGAUUGUGCAGAAAGAAAACUGGUUCUCUACAUUUCUGAAUGUUCUUCAUCAAACAGGAAACAAUGAACUUGUCCAAGAGUUAAUAGGCACUGAUUGCUCAGAAAGCAAUGCAGAGAUUGAGAAUUUAUCACAAGAUGAUGGCCCUGAAGUGGAAAAGCUACUUCUUUCAACCACAGACCAGCCAAAUCUGGAGAAGGAGGUCUGGGGCAUGGAUAAUAAUUCAUCAGAAUCAUCUUUUGCAGAUUCUUCUGUAGUUUCAGAAUCAGACACAAGUUUGGCAGAAGGAAGUGUCAGCUGCUUAGAUGAAAGUCUUGGACAUAACAGCAACAUGGGCAGUGAUUCAGGCACCAUGGGAAGUGAUUCAGAUGAAGACAAUGUGGCAGCAAGAGUAUCCCCCGAGCCAGAACUCCAACUCAGGCCUUACCAAAUGGAAGUUGCCCAACCAGCCUUGGAAGGGAAGAAUAUCAUCAUCUGCCUUCCUACAGGAAGUGGAAAAACCAGAGUGGCCGUUUACAUUGCCAAGGAUCACUUAGACAAGAAGAAAAAAGCAUCUGAGUCUGGAAAAGUUAUAGUUCUUGUUAAUAAGGUACUGUUAGUUGAACAGCUCUUCCACAAAGAGUUCAAACCAUUUUUGAAGAAAUGGUAUCGUGUUAUUGGACUAAGUGGUGAUACCCAACUGAAAAUAUCAUUUCCAGAAGUUGUCAAGUCCUGUGAUAUUAUUAUCAGUACAGCUCAAAUCCUUGAAAACUCCCUCUUAAACUUGGAAAAUGGAGAAGAUGCUGGUGUUCAAUUGUCAGACUUUUCUCUGAUUAUCAUUGAUGAAUGUCAUCACACUAACAAAGAAGAAGUCUACAAUAACAUCAUGAGGCGUUAUUUGAAGCAGAAGCUGAAAAACAUUAAACUCAAGAAAGAAAACCAAUCAGUGAUUCCCCUUCCUCAGAUACUGGGACUAACAGCUUCACCUGGUGUUGGAGGGGCCAGAAAGCAAGCCAAAGCUGAAGAACACAUUUUAAAACUAUGUGCCAGUCUUGAUGCAUUUACUAUUAAAACUGUUGAAGAAAACCUUGAUCAACUGAAAAACCAAAUACAGGAGCCAUGCAAGAAGUUUGCAAUUGCAGAUAACACCAGAGAAGAUCCAUUUAAAGAGAAACUUCUAGAAAUAAUGACAACAAUUCAAACUUAUUGUCAAAUGAGUCCAAUGCCAGAUUUUGGAACUCAACCCUAUGAACAAUGGGCCGUUCAAAUGGAAAAAAAAGCUGCAAAAGAAGGAAAUCGCAAGGACCGUGUUUGUGCAGAGCAUUUGAGGAAGUACAAUGAGGCUCUACAAAUUAAUGACACAAUUCGAAUGAUAGAUGCUUAUAAUCAUCUUGAAACUUUCUAUAAUGAAGAGAAAGAAAAGAAGUUUGCAGUCCUAGAAGACGAUAGUGAUGAGGGUGGUGAUGAUGAGUAUUGUGAUCGCGAUGAACAUGAGGAUGAUUUAAAGAAACCUUGGAAACUGGAUAAAACAGAGAGAUUUCUCAUGACUUUAUUUUUUGAAAACAAUAAAAUGUUGAAAAACCUGGCUGAAAACCCAGAACAUGAAAAUGAAAAGCUGGCCAAAUUAAGAAAUACCAUAAUGGAGCAAUAUACUAGGACUGAGGGAUCAGCACGAGGAAUAAUCUUUACAAAAACACGACAGAGUGCAUAUGCUCUUUCCCAGUGGAUUACUGAAAAUGAAAAAUUUGCUCAAGUAGGAGUCAAAGCCCACCAUCUGAUUGGAGCUGGACAUAGCAGUGAGUUCAAACCCAUGACGCAGAAUGAACAAAAAGAAGUCAUUAGUAAAUUUCGCACUGGAAAAAUAAAUCUGCUUAUAGCUACCACAGUGGCAGAAGAAGGUCUGGAUAUUAAAGAAUGUAACAUUGUUAUCCGCUAUGGUCUUGUCACCAAUGAAAUAGCCAUGGUCCAGGCCCGUGGUCGAGCCAGAGCUGAUGAAAGCACCUAUGUCCUGGUUGCUUCCAGCAGUUCAGGAGUUAUAGAACGUGAGACAGUUAAUGAUUUCCGAGAGAAGAUGAUGUAUAAAGCUAUACAUCAUGUUCAAAAUAUGGAACCAGAGGAGUAUGCUCAUAAGAUUUUGGAAUUACAGAUGCAAAGUAUAAUGGAAAAGAAAAUGAAAAUCAAGAGAAGUACUGCCAAGCAUUACAAGGAAAACCCAUCACUAAUAACUCUCCUUUGCAGAAACUGCAGUGUCCUAGCCUGUUCUGGGGAAGACAUCCAUGUAAUUGAGAAGAUGCAUCAUGUCAAUGUGACACCAGCAUUCAAGGAACUCUACAUUGUGAGAGAAAACAAAGCACUGCAAAAGAAGUUUGCCGACUACCAAAUCAAUGGUGAAAUUAUCUGCAAAUGUGGCCAGGCUUGGGGAACAAUGAUGGUCCACAAAGGCUUAGAUUUGCCUUGUCUCUUAAUAAGAAAUUUUGUAGUGGAUUUCAAAAAUAGUUCUACAAAGGAACAAUACAAAAGGUGGAUUGAAUUACCCAUCACAUUUCCAGAUCUUGACUAUGCUGAACACUGUUUAUUUAGUGAUGAGGAUUAGCACUUGAUUCAAGAUUCUUUUUAAAUACUAUCAAUUAAACAUUUAAUAUGAUUUUGAUUAAUGUAUUAAUUAUGCUACAGAGCUGAUAUAAGAAUCAAUAAAAUGAUUGUUUUACUCUG